AUGAGUCUCCCGUACCUUCCUCUGAGUGAUGGAAAUUCCAUACCCAUGCUUGGGUUCGGUACCGGCACCGCUUGGUUCAAAGAAGACCCGAACGAGCCGUUCAAUUCGAAAUUAGUUGAGAUGCUGAAGGCUGCUAUCCAGCAAGGGUUCCGUCACAUCGACUGUUCGGACACAUAUGGAACGGAGGAUGAGGUUGGCAUUGCCAUCAAAGAAAGCGGGGUCCCACGUGAGGAGCUGUUCAUCACGACUAAGGUCUUGGAAGGGCUGUACGAUAUUCCAGCAGCCAUUGACUCCAGCUUGUCAAAACUUCAGUUGGACUAUGUAGAUAUGUAUCUGAUCCAUUCGCCUUAUAUCGCAAAAGACCCAUCCGACCUAGGCCCUGCCUGGUUGGCGAUGGAAAAAGUGAGGGCUUUGGGUAAGGCAAAGUCGAUUGGGGUUGCGAAUCACCAGCGUCCUCAUCUAGAGGAGAUUUUGAAAGUGGCUACAAUAAUCCCAGCCAUCAACCAACUGGAAUUCCAUCCCUAUCUUCAGCGAUCCCACAACUACGUGCCUUGGAUGCGCGAGCAAGGGAUCGAAGUGGCUAGCUUCAAUGGCCUGACACCGAUUACGAAAGCCAGGCCCGGUCCCCUCGAUCAACCGCUGGCAGAUAUUGCGGAGAAGCAUGGUGUCACAGAGAAUGCCGUCCUCAUUAAGUGGCAAAUUGAUCAAAACGUUGUGCCAGUUACCACGACUUCUCAUACGAGCCGCCUCUCUGAGUAUCUGGCCGCUCUCGACUUGAAGUUGACAGUCGAAGAGAUAGAAGAAAUCACCCAAAUUGGUCUCACUCACCAUUUCCGCGCAUGGGCUCCAGAUCGGUUUGAUCCUGAUGAUCGAUCCUGA